AAAACCAAACCCCUCGAUUUGUUUCGGAAAAGAAAGAGACCCUAGCGAAGCCUCUGAUUUUUAUUCAACAUGGGAGAUUACAACGACGCCUUCAUGCACAACCAAAACGCCGCCGCCGUUCAGGCCCGCGUUAAACCCCCUCAGAACCGCGCCAAUAUUCAACAGCUCAAGCUGAUUGGGCAAAGUCAUCCUACGGGUUUAACAGCCAAUCUUUUGAAGCUCUUUGAACCACGACCUCCGUUGGAGUUUAAACCACCUCCUGAGAAGAGAAAAUGCCCUCCGUACACAGGGAUGGCACAGUUCGUUAGUCACUUCGCUGAGCCAGGAGAUCCUGAGUAUGCCCCUCCUGUUCAGGAAGCAGAAACACCUGGACAACGAAAGGCGAGAAUUCAUAAGUUGCGACUAGAGAAGGGUAUGGAGAAGGCUGCUGAAGAGUUAAAAAACUAUGAUCCAAAUAACGACCCCAACAUUUCAGGUGAUCCAUACAAGACAUUGUUUGUUGCUAGACUUAAUUAUGAGACACCUGAAAGUAGAAUUAAAAGGGAGUUUGAGUCUUAUGGACCGAUUAAGCGGGUUCGGUUGGUUACUGAUAAAUCCACAAAUAAACCAAGAGGCUAUGCUUUCAUCGAGUACAUGCAUACACGGGACAUGAAAGCUGCUUAUAAACAAGCUGAUGGGAGGAAGAUUGAUGGCAGAAGGGUUCUUGUGGAUGUUGAACGUGGUAGGACAGUCCCAAAUUGGCGCCCUCGGAGGCUAGGUGGUGGACUUGGAACAACCAGGAUUGGAGGUGAAGAUGUUACUCAAAGGGAACAAGUACAAUCUGGACCAUCUCGUUCCGAGGAGCCAAGGACUCGAGAGGACCGACUUGGUGACCGUGAAAGGGAAAAAUCCCGUGAAAGAGGAAGGGAACGGGAUAGGGAGCUUGAAAAGUCUCGCGAGCUCUCCCAUGACAGACCAAGGGAUCGGGAUAGAGAGGAUAGACACCACAGAGAUCGUGACAGAACUAGAGACAGAGAUAGGGAUAGAGAGAGAGACCGUGGUCGUGAUCGUGACCGAGCACGUGACCGAGGCCGGGAUCGUGGUCGUGACUACGAGCGUGAUAGAGAAAGAGAUCGUGAGAGGGAUAGGGAUAGGGAUAGGGACAAGGAUUAUGAUGUUGGUGACUAUGACCGUGACCGAGGGCGUUCCAAGGAUAGAGAUAGAGAUAGGGAAUCUGAUUAUGACCGUGUUGAGUCCAAACAUGAGAGAGACCGGCACAGUGAGAGGGACUAUGAUCAUGGUGAGCCAGAGGAUCGUGGGUGGUAUGAACAGCAUGAUCAUGGGCAUAGGCAUUCAGACCUAGAUAAUCAUCAUCAUCGAGGAGAAUACGAUUUGGAUGCCCAUGGUGAUCGUUAUGAUCAAUAUGCUGACCGUGACCGUUAUGAUGGGAUGGAAGAAGAUGAUUACAGGUGAUAAUCAAGUUGUUGAAAUUGAGCCGCUGCUUUCUCUGCCAUUGCACCUGGUUUAGUUUAGAUCCCAACGGAGCUGUUUCCAAUCUGCUUUCUGUUUUGCUGUGUCUGCUCUGGAGUUGAGUGUUUCCUUUGGAGUUGGAACCUUUUAUAAUCGUAUUUUAUUUUUAUUUUAAGUUUUCUCAAGACAUUGCUUUGUUGGUUUAAGCUCUAUGCUACUGUCCUACAUUGUGUUUGCAUCCGUAUUGCUUAAGAUGCUUUAAUUGGGCAAUUAAUGUUAUUGUAU